ACAAUGCUCAGUGUAGAGAGGAGAGAAGGUACAUCAGUCAUGUACUGCCAGGAUUUGGUGUAUUUGGAGUCAUAUUUUUGACUAUGAACGGAUAUUGUUUUCACUCACCAUGUCGCAUGUUGGAAAUAUGGAUUUUUACUUCAUGGUCUGUCUUCUUUUGGAUUGGAAUUGAUGCAUUUUAGAGGAUCAAGGAUGACAAAGACAAUAGGAUACAGAGACUGGAGAUGGCAGGCUCUUUUGUGGCAUCACGUCUUUCUCUUGUGGACUACAGUGGAUGCACAGACUCGUUACAGCAUCCCAGAGGAGCUCAAACAAGGUUCUGUGGUGGGAAAUCUGGCCAAAGAUCUGUCUUUGGGACUGUCUGAGAUAUUUGAGCGCAAGCUGCGUGUCGCCUCUGAGGCUGGUAAGCAGUAUUUCAGCGUGGAUGCGGGGAAGGGCGAGCUGCUGGUCAAUGACAGAAUAGACAGAGAGGCUUUAUGCGGACAAAGCGCCAGCUGUGUGCUCCCUCUGCAGGUUGUCAUCGAGGACCCCUUGCAGCUUUUCCGUGUGGAGGUGGAAAUACAGGACAUGAAUGAUAACGCGCCCCAGUUUCCCUCGAGUGACGUCACGCUGGAGAUUGCAGAAUCUAUGUUAGUCGGGGUCCGUUUUCCAGUAGAAAGCGCCGUUGAUCCGGACGUGGGCGCUAAUUCGCUCAGGUCGUACACUCUCAGCAAAGACGAGUGUUUUAAUAUUAGACUUAAAGAGGUUGCAGGAGGCAGAAAAGUGCCUGAGCUUGUUUUAGUCAAACCUUUAGAUAGAGAGAAAAAGUCCGUUCAUCAGCUUUUGCUCACAGCUCUAGAUGGAGGCAGCCCUGUGAAAUCAGGGACAUCCCAAAUUACCGUCAAAAUUCUUGACAAUAAUGACAAUGGUCCAGUCUUUGAGAAAGCACUACAAAAAGUGUCAGUCGCUGAAAACCUAGAAAAAGGUGCAACCAUCGCACAGACAAAAGCAACAGACAUGGAUGACGGCCCAAAUGGAGAAAUAGAAUAUUUUUUUGGUGCUCAUACACCUGAAAAUGUCCUUUCUAUAUUUACUAUUGAUAAUUUGACCGGCACCAUACUUUUAAAAGGAAUUUUAGAUUUUGAGUCCACUUCAAAUUAUGAACUAGACCUAACUGCUAAAGACAAAGGCAAUCAUAGAAUGGAGGGUCAUUGUACUGUGCAUGUCGAAGUUUUAGAUGUGAAUGACAACGCUCCAGAUAUCAUUUUCACUUCUAAUUCAAAACCUGUGCGUGAGGACUCUCCUACUGGCACUGUGGUAGCAUUACUCAGUGCUAGAGAUGAUGACACUGGGGACAAUGGUAAAGUUACAUUACAUCUACCCCCAAAAUAUCCUUUUGCCCUCAAACCAUCUUUUUCUAACAAUUAUGCGCUGGUCACCAGUGGUGCUUUAGACAGAGAGAGAGUGUCUGAGUACAAGAUUGAGAUAACAGCCACUGAUUCAGGAUCUCCUCCUCUCUCCAGUAAGAAAAUGAUAUCUGUCAGCAUCACUGAUGUCAAUGACAACCCUCCUGUAUUCUCUCAGAGCUCUUAUAAUGUUUAUCUAAAAGAGAACGGAGUAGCAGGUUCUAUACUGUACUCGGUGUCUGCAUGUGACCUGGAUGCUGGCCAAAACGCCAAAGUGUCUUACUCUAUCGUGGACUCUAAAGUGCACGACGUGUCCGUGUCGUCUUACGUUUACAUGAACUCAGAGAACGGCAGCAUCUACAGCAUGCACUCCUUUGACUACGAGAAAGUCAAAGUGUUCCACAUUCAGGUUCAGGCAAAGGACCAGGGCUCUCCGUCUCUCAGCACCAACGCCACCGUCCAUGUUUUCAUCCUGGACCAGAACGACAACGCCCCCGCUGUUAUUUACCCUUCCCCCCACGCCGCCUCCCACCUGCGGGUGCCCCGCACGGCCAAGGCGGGCCACCUGGUCACCAAGGUGACGGCCGUGGACGCGGACUCGGGCCACAACGCCUGGAUCUCGUACAAAGUGUCUGAGGCCACAGACGCCUCUUUGUUCACGGUCAGUGUGUACACAGGGGAGGUGAGGACUAAACGCGCUGUGUCCGAGCACGACGACUCCUCUCAGAGGCUGCUUGUAGAGGUCCAGGACGACGGGGAAGCGGUCCAGUCGGCCACCGUCACGCUGUCCAUCCUGCUGGAGGACGGUGUGAGCGAGCCCAUGUUGGAGCUGAGACACAAGGUGUCGGAGCCCAGUAAGACAAGCGGCACAAUCACGCUUUAUUUGAUCGUGUCUCUGGCCUCGGUGUCCGUGCUGUCUCUGGUGACUUUGCUGGUCUUAGCGGUGAAAUGCUUGAGGAGCAGCGGAAGCGACGCUAGUUGCUGCAUGAGACGGACACACUGUGAUGAGGACAAGAAGCCCAACAGAAACCUGCACAUUCAGCUCAACAGUGAUGGACCUAUCAAGUACGUGGAGGUUCUGGGAGGAGACGUCAUGUCUCAGAGUCACUCCUUCAGGUCGUGCAUGUCUCCAAUGUCAGAGUACAGUGAUUUCACUUUGGUGAAGCCCAGCAGCACCACUGACUUUAAGGAGGUCAUCAGCGUCCUGGACGCCUCUUUACCUGACAGCACCUGGACCUUUGAGAGCCAGCAGGUGAGUGAGAAUACAACAAGAAUUGGUUAAAAUUCGACUACAGUUUCUAAACCCAGAAAAAAGAUAACCAAACUCUUUCUCCAAGCAUUAAGAAAAAUAAAUCUUAGCUUACCUUUAGUUGUAGCUUUCAAAAUAUAAUUUUGUUACCUAUUGGUAGGCAUUUUUAUUUUAGUACAGUCCAUGUUCAUUCAUAAAUGUAACACUCUGU